UUCUGCGGGCUGAUGGCGGAGGAGGCCCCCGGCGGUAUCCGCCGCGGCGCGGAGGAGCUGGAGGCGGCGGAGCGGGGCCCGGGCGCGGCCUAUCACAUGUUUGCGAUGAUGGAGGAUCUGCUGGAGAAGCUGAAGCUGCUGAACUACGAGGAGGAGGCGCUGCGGCGCCACCACCUGCGGCCCUUGUCCAGGCACUACUUUGCAUUGCCCACUAAUCCCGGAGAGCAGUUCUACAUGUUUUGCACUCUUGCUGCUUGGCUGAUUACUAAAGCAGGACAUUCCUUUGAACAGCCGCAAGAAUAUGAUGACCCCAACGCAACAAUAUCAAACAUACUCUCAGAGUUGCGAUCAUUUGGGAGGUCUGUGGAUUUUCCUCCUUCAAAGUUAAAGGCAGGUUAUGGAGAGCAAGCAUGUUAUGUUCUUGAUUGUUUAGCUGAAGAAGCCUUGAAACAUACUGACUUUAGCUGGAAAAGACCAGCAUACCCAACAGAGGAGCUAGAAGAAGAAGCAAUAACAGAAGAUGAUGCAGAAUUGACACUUAAUAAACUGGAGGAAGAAAUUGAGGAAGAAGAGACAGACAAUGAAGAGAACUUUAUUGAUCUGAAUGUUCUAAAGGCACAAACCUAUAGAUCAGAUAUGAAUGAAUCCACAAAACAAGAAGAGAUUUUAGAGUCCACAACAGAUGCAGCAGAGUGGAACCUGGAAGUGGAACGUGUUCUUCCACAACUGAAAGUUACAAUCAGAACUGACAAUAAGGAUUGGAGAAUCCACGUAGAUCAAAUGCAUCAGCACAAAGAUGGAAUCGAAUCUGCUUUAAAAGAGACUAGGGGUUACCUUGACAAACUUCAUAAUGAAAUCAGUAGGACCCUCGAAAAGGUCAACAGUCGGGAGAAGUACCUCAACAAUCAGUUGGAGCAUUUGGUUCAGGAAUAUCGUACAGCACAAGCCCAGCUGAGUGAGGCCAAAGAGAAAUACCAGCAGGGAAGUGGAGGAGUAACGGAAAGGACUAGAACUCUUUCUGAGAUUACUGAAGUGUUAGAAAAAGUAAAGCAGGAAAUGGAAGAGAAGGGAAGCAGUAUGACCGAUGGAGCUCCUUUAGUAAAAAUUAAGCAGGCCUUAACCAAACUGAAGCAGGAAACAGUUCAGAUGGACAUAAGGAUUGGUGUAGUGGAACACACGUUACUCCAGUCGAAGCUGAAGGAGAAAUCAAAUAUGACUAGAGAUAUGCAUGCAACUAUGAUUCCUGAAACUACAAUAGGUGCCUAUUAAAGCUGCUUGGAAUUUACUUGUACUUCAGACAAAUUUUUUUAUAACUUGUUUUUUUACAAUAUGCUUGUCAUGCAUUUUAGGGUGCUGCAGAUGUGUACAUAGCACUUUAGGCUCUAUAAAUGGAGCCCUGCUGAAUUUUGUGACUUAAAGGCUUUCAAACUUAUUGCAAGUCUUUUAUAAAUACAUUAAUAAAUUCUCAUUAACUAA